UAUUAGCAAUUCAUUAACAUGCAAAGUGCAUGGCAGCAAGGGAACCAGUGCAGUCUGAAGCAUGCAACUAAGAGAUUUGCUUAUUGACCAAUAUUGUCCCAUUUGGAGAAAUCAUAAAGAAUAGAAAAGGAAUUUGUUUUUCUGGAUACUCCCUGAUAUAUUAAAUGGGAAGUCCUGCUGCAUGUCUAGAUGUGAUAGAUAAAUGUAGCAUUGAGCUCCUACAUAUAAGUCAGAUGUUCUGCUUGGAAAGUAUUAGGAGUCUAAUUGCCGUUGCAUGUGAAAAAGAAGCUGUUUCUUAUUCUUUGCUGAUUUUGGUCUCUCCUUGCAAUGUAUUGGGUUUUCAUCCUCUGUGUCCUCUCUUGCUUUGCUGGUUCAGGUUUCUGCCUGUCCUGUAUACACUGUACCAGUAACAAUGGCCUUACCUGCAGUGGAACUCCUAAGAACUGCACUGGUCUCUCUGUCUGUAUGUCAACAGUUGCCCAGACCACAACCUACACAAAACAAGUGGCAAAUACAUUCAAGAGAAACUGUGGAGAACCUCAAGAUUGCAGUGCCGGGAGCUUGUCCAGUUACUUAAUUACAACUGUAACCAACAGCACAUGUUGCUUUAAUGACUCCUGCACUCCCCCUACACCUACAUUGCCGACCUACAGAUCAGAGACGAAGAAUGGUGCCGUCUGUAAGACCUGUUUUGCACAGGAUGAGAGGGAGUGUUUAAGAUUUAACACCACAAUGUGCACUGGAUCCGAAACUUUUUGUGUUGAGUAUGAAGUGAGGACCGAGGCAGGUACCACCAUAGUUUGGGGCUGUUCCAGUGAAAACUUUUGUCACAAUGAAGAGAGCAAGAAGUUUAUAAACGAUGACGACGAGGAGGAGGAGCUUGCCAUCGUAAUUGCAAAAUGCUCAAGAAGUGAAGCCAAUGUCCAGAGAUUCCAAAUAAUCUACCUGUUGGCAACACUGCUGCUAGAUUUACUGCUUCUACUUUUAUCCUCUGAAAUCCAGUCUAACAACAUGACCAAUUAGGGAUUGUGAUUUAUGCAUGAGUUUUAAUAUACAAUUGGAGAGGUUUACUUUGGUAUGCUUACCAUUGUGAGCAGUCAUAUUAUAUUAUUCACCCCCAUAUCUACUGUUCAAGAGUAAAUCCAUGUUGGAAGAUUGCAUAAACUGCCUUUGCCCAAUUGGGACUCUCUUAUUAAUAUGAAUCCAAUCUCCCCCACAGUUAUCCAUGGGCAGAGCUUAGGUACUCUGUGCAUCAAGGUCUUGUGCUGCUUUGUUUCCCAAUGCCAUAUAUGUUUCCAUGGGCCAUAGGCUUUCAUUUGUAGGGUAGUCCAUUGGAGUUAAAGCAUCUACUAAUGGUCAAGUAUGCAAGGAAGCUGGAUUCGCCUACCCAAUGUGCUUUCUAUAAAAGUGGAUUUACCCUUUAACAAAUUCAUAUGCUCUGACUUGAUUUAUAGAUGCCCUUGUUUAUAACAUUAAUCACGCCUUUGCACUGAGGGUUGUGGAUAUUCGAUACAAAUGGGUCAUUGUACUGUAAGGAAGUAUUACACAGUUAAUAUAAAAAUUAAUAAAC